GCAAGCUGUGAUGUCAUGUGUGCGACUCUUCUUGCUGGCCGGCGCAUGUUGAUGACGCAGGCGCGACAUGGCGGUGUUGCUGGAAACAACGUUAGGAGACAUCGUGAUCGAUUUAUACACAGAAGAGAGACCGAAAGCAUCUCUGAACUUCCUGAAACUGUGCAAAAUCAAAUAUUACAACUACUGUCUGAUUCACAAUGUUCAGAAAGAUUUCAUCGUUCAGACGGGUGACCCCACCGGCACGGGACGAGGAGGAGAGUCUGUGUUCGGUAAACUGUAUGGCGAUCAGGCAAACUAUUUUGAACGGGAGAAGAUGCCUAGGAUCAAGCAUAGAAAGAAAGGGACAGUGUCUAUGGUGAACAACGGCAGUGACCAGCAUGGAUCUCAGUUUCUGAUCACCACAGCAGAGAAUCUGGAUUAUCUGGAUGGUGUUCACACAGUGUUUGGAGAAGUCACGGAGGGUUUGGACGUGCUUUCUAAAAUCAAUGAGACCUUCGUCGACAACAACUUCAUCCCUUACCAGGACAUCAGGAUUAACCACACGGUGAUUCUGGACGACCCGUUUGAUGAUCCCUCGGGCCUCCCGAUCCCAGACCGAUCGCCUGAACCCACUAAAGAGCAGCUGGAUAGUGGUCGUAUUGGAGCAGAUGAGGUGAUAAACGAUGAAGGGGCGAGAGACGCCGAGGAGCUGGAUGAACUGAUAAAGGACAAGGAAGCGAAGACACAAGCCAUUUUACUGGAGAUGGUGGGUGAUCUUCCAGAUGCAGAUAUUAAACCUCCAGAGGACGUGCUGUUUGUGUGUAAACUGAACCCAGUGACCACCGAUGAAGAUCUAGAGAUCAUCUUCUCACGCUUCGGACCCAUUAAAUGUUGUGAGAUCAUCAGAGACUGGAAAACAGGAGAAUCUUUGUGCUAUGCAUUCAUUGAGUUUGAAAAGGUGGAGGAUUGUGAAAAAGCAUUCUUCAAAAUGGACAAUGUCCUGAUAGAUGACCGUCGCAUUCAUGUGGACUUCAGCCAGUCAGUGUCCAAGAUCAAAUGGAAAGGCAAAGGUGGGAAGUACACUAAGGAAGAUUUUAAGGCCUACGAGAAAGACCUGGAAAACAAAUCCAAGCUGGCUUUGAAAGACAAUGUCAAAGCCAAGCAGGACUCCCGUUACGAGCUUCUCUUAGAUGAAGAUGAGGAUGAGAGAAGGAGGGACGACAGAGAGAAAAGUGACCGGAAACGACAUUCAGACGAGAGGCCCAAGGACAAAAAGUCAAAGGAUCGUGAUGAGACUCGGAGAGAAAAGGAUAAAGGCAGACAGCGUUCACGUUCAAGAGACCGAGAGAGAUACAAGGAGCGCGAGAGGGGCUGGGACAAGGGAAGAGAAAAGGAGAAACAGAGAGACAGAGGCAAAGAGAGAGACAGCGAUCACAAACGCUACAGACGAGAUCGCAGCCGCAGUCGUAGCCCUAAGAGAUCAAAGUAUUAACCAUCACUGUCACUGUGUGUCAACAGAGCAGGUUUCCUAAAACUUACUGAUUUCAGUUAAAACAAAACAAAAAAAAUACACCAAUUCAUUUUUACUUGUAAAGUAAAAUCUUGCAGUUAGUUUGCAAAUGUAGGCAAUGUUUGUGAUGUUCUAAAAGGUUUGUAAAGUUGUUGAUGCAUAAAUAUGGAUUGACAGGGUCGACAUCAGCCCUUUGUGUUUAUGAAGUGUGCUCUGGGGCUUUUAAUUUCUGUGCAAAUUCCUGUGUUCGCUUGUGGUUUUGAGAGCCUUACUCUGGCACUGUAUUUAACAGGUUAGGAGGUGAAAAUGGAAUAAAAUCGGUGCAAGAGUAGAGCUUAAUUGCAUGACCAGUCGUUACAAGUGAACUCAUUUCUUGUCAGUUAAGAGGUUUCGACAGAAAUAUUUCAGCAUUUAUAACUGAACUUCAGUGGUGAGCUGUCUGGCUCUGUACAAACUGCGGUGAAGGUUUAGCUCAAAAAUGUUAAUUUGGGUGAGUUCUUGUAAAGGGGGCCACUUUUUAUUAAAUUUGUAAUUAACUCA